AAUUACUUCCGCGAUGGAUGGAAUCGUUUCGAUUUUAUUACGGUCGUUGGUUCGAUAACAGACGCGUUGGUAACCGAAUUUGGUGGGCAUUUUGUAUCACUCGGAUUUCUGCGUCUCUUCAGAGCAGCUCGUCUCAUUCGAUUGCUGCAGCAAGGAUACACCAUACGGAUACUACUGUGGACAUUUGUGCAAUCGUUUAAGGCACUGCCGUACGUAUGUCUUCUGAUUGGAAUGUUAUUCUUCAUUUAUGCAAUUGUCGGAAUGCAGUUCGAUGCGUUACUUGUGAUCUUUUGCACAUGCAUAGCAGAAUGGCAGUUGAGAAAGCGUUUAUUGCAAUUACGUUUCUAUCAUUUAAUAAGACUUAAUGCAGUUAUAUGGUAA